AGGCUCAAACAUGUGGAUUCAAAAAAUUAUUAUUUUAACUCUUUUUUCAAGCAUCGCGUAUGCUAUAUCAGAACGGGAUCGUCUUCUAACUGAUUGCAAAGAAAAUACUGUUCAAUCUAAAGAAAAAAAACUCAGAAGUUACUUAUUUGAUAAUUAUGACGUUUCGAGUCCACCGUGCGCGAAUAAAACUACAAUUGAAGUGACGAUAUACCCAAAGUCAAUUGAAUUUAACGAGAUUUCAAACACACUUGAACUCCACAGUAAAACAAUAACUGAAUGGAACGACGAUCGUCUAUUGUGGGAUGUGGAAAAGUUCAAUGUAUCUGACAUUGGAAUCCACGCCUUUGAAGAUGUCAUUUGGAUACCAGAAAUAUCAGUCCACACAUCUGCAGAUUUUAGUCUGGAACAAAAGCCUUCCUCAACUCACUGCUUAUUAUUUUCUACCGGCUAUGUAGGGUGUAAAUCAUCUAUAGUUUAUACAGUCAGGUGUCAUACGGAAUAUACUACAUGGCCUUAUGAUGUUCAAUAUUGUGAAUUGCAACUGGGAUCGUGGACAGAAGACAACGCCGAAUUGAAUUUCACAUCAAGGUGGACUAAUUGGAUGUGGAGAUCCUAUGUUCCAAAUCCACAAUGGGAUAUUGUCUAUAAUCACAGUGGAUUAAAAAACAUAAAAAAUAAGUACGAAUCUGACGAACUAUCAUAUAUGAUCUGGAUGCAAAUUGUCCUAAAAAGGCACAGUGGAAUAAUGGAAGCUAUUUACGUUACACCAGCCAUAACAUUAAUGUCGUUGACUCUCAUGGCUUUGUGGAUGGAAUGUAAUUCUUUUGAACGACUUAUAAUUGUAUGCAUUAAUUUUAUUUGCCAUCUUUUGUGCAUUCUAAAUCUUCAUUGGAGCCUACCAAAUAAUGGACAAGCUACCCCGCUUAUUCUGCUUUUUUAUGAAAAUUCCCUAAUGUUGGCUGGAUUUACACUUUUAUUGACUGUCAUUCUCUGCAAAUUACAAAAACUGAACAAGGAGGCUCCGAAGUUCCUAACAUCUGCAGCAACUUACGUCUUAAAGAGCAGAAUAGGACAAGUUUUUUUGGUAAAUAUUUUGGAUCCAAAAGUUUACAUGGGAUUAAAUGAGAUUGAGGAUGAUGCAAUUUUGACCACUCCAGCGAAAAAAAAGCAGACUUGGAAGUAUGUCUCUAUCCUCAUUGGAUGGAUUUCUUUCACUGGAGUUCUUAUUAUCUACUUUGUAAUGCUCAUAAAUAACAUUCCUAGGGAUUCAUCUUAUUAUAAUUCUGACCUCUUUGAAAUCGUAUUUAGAAAUAAAAAAGACAUUUUCACCAAUUCUUUAUAAAAAAUUUCUCAAACUAAAGGAAACCUUUAAGAGAAAAAGGAAU